GUCAAGCAGUCCGUCCCCUCCCCUCAGGACGCUGCUUGCCUCAAACCAGCAUAGCCCCCUAAAUGUGUGGGGCAGGCUAGGGACUCUUGGCUUCCCUCAUUGGGGUGAGGGUGUGGGGUGGCUUCAGGCAGGGUCAGCAACUCUUUGCCCUGGAGUGGAUGUGCAGAGGUUGGAAGGAAAUAGUUCAAGGAGGGUGUAUGAAUGUGAGACCACCCCCAAAUAGCUCAGUGGGAGAAAGAUGAUGGGUCUAAGACUCUGGAUCCUUCCUCGAUCGAAGGUGGUCCCCUCAGUUGUGCCCUGAAGCCAUUAUGGAGAGAGGGUUAUUUGAGGGACUGGCACAGGAAACGUGUUUGUAGUGCAAAAAAGGAAUUCCCCACCCCUUUUAUUUCUCCCCCUCCCAGGCAAGAGUGAAAAGACGUCCUUGAUGCCUUCUCCGCCAUCCCCUGCACUUGGCGAAAGGAAGAGAGCCGCCAUGCAGCCAGCUCAGGAUGGAGUAUCCUUUGAAGAGGUGGCCGUGUAUUUCACCAAGGAGGAAUGGGCCCUGCUGCGGCCAGUGCAAAGGACUCUGUACAAGGAAGUCAUGCUGGAGAACUUUCUGAAUGUGUCUUCUCUGGGUCCUGUGAUUGCUAAGCCUGAGCUCAUAUCCCAACUAGAAGAGGAAGAAGAGGUGUUGCUUGGGAUCUUUGAUGAAGAGGAGGAACCAGCAGGAGAAUUCAAGUCAGCGAAUGAAGUGGAAGAGUGUGGCAAAGCCUCUAGCGAGAGUGGACACCAUGUCACCCAUCAAACAAUUCACAUCAUGGAGAAACCUUAUAAAUGCCAGGAGUGUGGAGUAGACUUCAGUCAUAGUAGAAGCCUCACUUCCCAUCAAAUCAUUCACACAGGGAAGAAACCAUACAAAUGCCUGGAGUGUGGAAAAGGCUUCAGUUACAGUACAAGCCUCUCUUCCCAUCAAAAAAUUCACACAGGGGAGAAACCAUACAAGUGUCUGGAAUGUGGAAAAGGCUUCCGUGAGAGUACACACCUCACUAUCCACCGAAGAAUUCACACAGGCGAGAAACCAUAUAAAUGCCUGGAGUGUGGGAAAGACUUCAGUAAUAGUGGAAACCUGACUGCCCAUCAAAGAAUUCACACAGGGGAGAAACCAUAUAAAUGCCUGGAGUGUGGAAAAAGCUUCAGUCAGAGUGGCAGCCUUACUUCCCAUCAAAGAAUUCACACGGGGGAGAAACCAUAUAAAUGCCUGGUGUGUGGAAAAGGCUUCAUUCAGAGUGGAAGCCUUACUUCACAUCAAGGAAUUCACACAGGGGAAAAACCAUAUAAAUGCCUGGAGUGUGGAAAAGGUUUCAGUACAAGUGGAAGCCUAACUUCCCAUCAAAGAAUACACACAGGGGAGAAACCAUACAAAUGCCAGGAGUGUGGAGCAGCGUUCAAGCACAGUAUUCGCCUCGCUUCCCAUAGAAGAAUUCACACAGGGGCAAAACCAUAUAAAUGCGUAGAGUGUGGGAAAGCCUUCAGUUUCAGAGCAAGACUUAUUUCCCAUCAGAGAACUCACACAGGGCUGAAACCAUAUACAUGCCUGGAGUGUGGGAAAGACUUCAGUGAGAGGAGACACCUUACUUCCCAUCUAAGAAUUCACACUGGGGAAAAACUAUAUCAAUGCCAGGAGUGUGGAGCAGCAUUCAGGUACAGUAGAAGCCUCAUUUCCCAUAGAAGAAUUCACACAGGGGAGAAACCAUACAAAUGCUUGGAAUGUGGGAAAGCUUUCAGUAAGAUUGGAAGCCUUACUUCCCAUCAAAGAAUUCACACGGGGGAGAAACCAUAUAAAUGCCUGGUAUGCGGAAAAGGCUUCAUUCAGAGUGGAAGCCUUACUUUACAUCAAAGAAUUCACACAGGGCAGAAACCAUAUAAAUGUCUGGAAUGUGGAAAAGGGUUUAAUAGGAGUGGAAGCCUUACUUCCCAUCAAAGAAUUCAUACAGGGGAAAAACCAUAUAAAUGUCUGGAGUGUGGAAAAAGCUUCAGUGAGAGUGGAAGCCUUACUUGCCAUCGAAGAAUUCACACAGGAGAGAAACCAUAUAAAUGCCUGGAGUGUGGAAAAGGCUUUAGUAAGAGUGGAAACCUUACUUCCCAUCAAAGAAUCCAUACAGGGGAGAAACCUUAUAAAUGUCCAGAGUGUGGCAAACACUUCAGUGCGAGUAGAAACCUUACCCCCCAUCGAAGAAUUCACACAGGAGAGAAACCAUAUCAAUGCCUGGAAUGUGGAAAAAGUUUCAGUCAGAAUGGAAGCCUUACUUGCCAUCAAAGAAUUCACACAGGGGAGAAACCAUAUAAAUGCCUGGAGUGUGGAAAAACCUUCAGUCGCAGCACAAGUCUCACUUCCCAUCAAACAAUUCACACGAGGGAGAAACCAUAUAAAUGCUUAGAGUGUGGAAAGGGAUUCAAUAAGAGUGGACACCUUAUUUCCCAUCAAAGAAUUCACACAGGAGAGAAACCAUACAAAUGCCUGGAGUGUGGAAAGGCCUUCAGUCGCAGCACAAGUCUUACUUCCCAUCAAACAAUUCACACAGGGGAGAAACCAUAUAAAUGCCUGGAGUGUGGAAAAACCUUCAGUCACAGCUCAAGUCUUACUGCACAUCAGAGAAUUCACACAGGGGAGAAAUCAUACAAAUGCUUGGAGUGUGGAAAAGUCUUCAGUUGCAUCACAAGUCUUACUUCCCAUCAAAGAAUUCACACAGGGGAGAAACCAUAUAAAUGCCUGGAGUGUGUAAAAACGUUCAUUCACAGCUCAAGUCUUACUGCACAUCAGAGAAUUCACACAGGGGAGAAACCAUAUAAAUGCCUUGACUGUGGAAAAAGCUUCCAUUACAGUGGAGACCUAACUUCCCAUCAAAGAAUUCAUACAGGGGAGAAACCAUAUAAAUGCUUGGAGUGCGGAAAAGCUUUCAGUCAUAGCUCAAGUCUUACUGUACAUCAGAGAAUUCACACAGGGGAGAAACCAUACAAAUGCCUGGUCUGUGGGAAAAGCUUCAAUCGGAGUGGAAACUUUACUUCCCAUCAAGGAAUCCACACAGGAGAGAAAUCAUAUAAAUGCCUGCAGUGUGGGAAAGCCUUCAGUCAUAGCAGAAGUCUUUCUUCCCAUCAAACAAUUCACACAGGGGAGAAACCAUACAAAUGCCUGGAGUGUGGAAAAACCUUCAGUCACAGCACCAAUCUUAGUUCACAUCAGAGAAUUCACACAGGGGAGAAACCAUACAAAUGCCUGGAGUGUGGGAAAAGCUUCCGUAAGAGGGGACACCUGACUUCCCAUCAAAUAAUUCACACAGGGGAGAAACCAUAUAAAUGUCCAGAGUGUGGAAAAGCCUUCAGUCAGAGUGGAAAUCUUACUACCCAUCAGAAAAUUCACACAGGGGAGAAACCAUACAAAUGUCUAGAGUGUGGAACAGCAUUCAGUCACAGCACAAGUCUUACUUCACAUCAGAGAAUUCAUGCAGGGCUGAAACCAUACAAAUGCCUUGAGUGUGGGAAAGCCUUCAGUCGCAGGACAAAUCUUUCUGCACAUCAGAGAGUUCACACAAGGGAGAAACCAUACAAAUGCCUCCAGUGUGGAAAAGCAUUCAGUCACAGCACAAGUCUAACUUCCCAUCAAAGAAUUCAUACAGGGCAGAAACCAUACAAAUGCCAGGAGUGUGGAAAAGACUUCAGUCAGAGAGUACAUCUUACUACCCAUCAGAAAAUUCACACAGGGGAGAAACCAUACAAAUGCCUAGAGUGUGGAAAAGCAUUCAGUCAGAGCACAAGUCUUACUUCACAUCAGAGAAUUCAUGCAGGGCUGAAACCAUACAAAUGCCUGGAGUGUGGGAAAGCCUUCAGUCACAGGACAAAUCUUUCUGCACAUCAGAGAGUUCACACAAGGGAGAAACCAUACAAAUGCCUCCAGUGUGGAAAAGCAUUCAGUCACAGCGCAAGUCUUACUUCCCAUCAAAGAAUUCAUACAGGGCAGAAACCAUACAAAUGCCAGGAGUGUGGAAAAGACUUCAGGCAGAGUGCAAAUCUCACUUGCCAUCAAAGAAUUCACACUGAGGAGAAACUAUUCAAAUGCCUGGAGUGUGGAAAAUCCUUCAGUCAAAGCAAAAGUCUUACUUCACAUCAGAGAAUUCACACAGGGGAGAAACCAUAUAAAUGCCUGGUGUGUGGAAGAGCCUUCAGUCAGAGUGGAAAUCUUGCUUCCCAUCAAAGAAUUCACACAGGGGAGAAACCAUACAAAUGCCUAGAGUGUGGAAAAGUGUUCAGUCACAGCACAAGUCUGACUUCACAUCAGAGAAUUCAUACAGGGCUGAAACCAUACAAAUGCCUGGAGUGUGGAAACACCUUCAGUAGCCAGACAAGUCUUGCUGUACAUCAGAGAGUUCAUACAGGGGAGAAACCAUACAAAUGUCUCGAGUGUGGAAAAAGUUUCAGUAAGAGCGGAAGCCUUACUUUCCAUCAAAGAAUACAUACAGGGCAGAAACCAUAUAAAUGCCAGGAGUGUGGAAAAGACUUCAGGCAGAAAUCAAAUCUUACUGUCCAUCAAAGAAUUCACACGGGGGAGAAACAAUAUGAAUGCCCGGAGUGUGGAAAAACCUUCAGUCACAGCACAAAUCUUGCUUCACAUCAGCUAAUUCACACAGGGGAGAAACCAUACAAAUGCCAGGAGUGUGGAAAAGCUUUCAAUAAGAGUGGAAGCCUUACUUUCCAUCAAAGAAUUCAUACAGGGCAGAAACCAUAUAAAUGCCUGGAGUGUGGAAAAGACUUCAGGCAGAGAGUACAUCUUACUAUCCAUCAAAGUAUUCACACAGGGGAGAAAACAUAUUUAUGCUUGGAGUGUGGAAAAUGGUUCAAUACGAGUGGACACCUUACUUCCCAUCAAAGAAUUCACACAGGGGAGAAACCAUACAAAUGUAUGGAGUGUGGAAAAUGCUUCAGUUCAAGUGGAACCCUUACUUCUCAUCAGAGAAUUCACACAGGGGAGAAACCAUACAAAUGCCUGGAGUGUGGAAAAAGCUUCCGUAAGAAUGGACACCUUAUUUCCCACCAAAGAAUUCAUACAGGGUAGAAACCAUAUAAAUGCCCAGAGUGUGGAAAACACUUCAAUCGGAGUAAAUCUUACUUCCCAUCAGAGAAUUCACACAGGGAAGAAACCAUCAAAUUCCUUGACUGUGAAAAAGACUUCUUUGAGAUAGUAAAUCUUUCCAUCAAAGAAUUCACACAGGGGAGAAACCAUAUAAAUGUCUGGAAUGUGGAAAAGGCUUCAGAAUGAGUGGAGAGCUUACUUCCCAUCAAAUAAUUCAUACAGGGCAGAAACCGUAUAAAUGCCUCGACUGUGGACAAAGCUUCCGUAAGAGUUGGCACCUUACUUCCCAUCAAAGAAUUCGUAAUAGGGCAGAAACCGUAUAAA